AUGAUGAUGUCAGCCGGGUGCAGGUUCAAGGAGGCAUUGGACGCGGAACAACCCUUACAGAUUGCGGGUACUAUCAAUGCCGUAUCUGCGCUGAUGGCAAAACAAGCUGGAUUUCGCGCGAUUUAUCUUUCUGGUUCGGGCGUGGCUGCCGCCUCUUAUGGUUUGCCCGAUUUGGGGAUUACAACGCUGGAUAAUGUAGUCGAAGAUGCCCGGCGGAUUACAGAUUUGGUGGAUUUGCCGCUGCUGGUUGACAUCGAUACCGGGUUUGGGGGUACCUCUUUUUCUAUUGGUCGCGCGGUAAAGACGCUGGAAAAAAUUGGCGUUGCCGCUGUUCAUAUUGAAGACCAGGUAUUGCAAAAACGCUGUGGACAUCGUCCCGGAAAGCGGGUGGUGCCUGCCGAGGAGAUGUGCGACCGAAUUAAGGCAGCGGUUGAUGCGCGGUCAGACAGCGGGUUUGUGAUUAUGGCGCGAACUGAUUCGGUGGCUAAUGAAGGUUUGGCGUGUGGUAUCAAUCGCGCUAAGAAAUACAUUGCUGUCGGUGCCGAUGCGAUUUUUGCAGAGAGCUUGUGUUCACUGGAGGAUUUCCAGGCCUUUGCCCGUAGUCUCUCUGUACCUGUGCUGGCCAAUCUCACCGAGUUUGGGCAAACGCCUCUGUUUGGUCUGGACGAGAUGAGAGCGCAUUGCAUUGAAAUCGCAGUUGCGGGCGCACCGGCAAUUCGUGCAGAUCUAGGUCGUGCUGUUGAGGGUUUUGGGUCUUCAGCGGCCUCAGACGCGCAUCCAUGGAUGAUGUUUGCGACUCGGUGUAUCGCGCUUGCAUAUGCCGAGCCAGAGCGGGAUUUGGCGGAUACUGUAGCGGUGCGGCUUUUGGGUGCCUUGCCCUCUAUGCUGGGGGUCUGGCAUCUGGGUGCUGAUGUUUUGGAUGUGGAUGUGGAUGAGCACGCGACUUAUAUCUUGCAUAUGCUCAAAGAACAGACGCCUUCUGAGUUGGAAUGUCGAAUGAUGGAUGCAUCAUUGAUUUUGUAUGCCGAGCACGAGUUUAAUGCCUCGACAUUCACGGCGAGAGUCUGCGCCUCUACGCUUGCCGAUUUUUAUGGAUGUAUUACCGGGGCGAUUGGCACUUUGAGCGGGCCUUUGCACGGGGGCGCAAACGAGCGGGCAAUGGAGUUGAUUGAGCAGUUCAAGACCCCCGAAGACGCGGCAAUGGGUGUGCGAGAGAUGCUGGCGCGCAAAGAAUUGAUUAUGGGGUUUGGGCAUGGGGUCUAUCGCGUGCGGGAUCCGCGCAAUGCGAUUAUUAAAAAUUGGGCGCGCCAGGUGAGUGAAGCAAUGGGCGAUAUGGGUCUGUACGAGAUUUCUGAAGCGAUUGAGCAGGUUAUGUGGGAAGAAAAAAAGUUGUUUCCAAAUCUGGAUUUUUAUUCGGCAACUGCGUAUCACAUGGCUGGCAUUGAGACGGCACUUUUCACACCUAUAUUUGUGCUUAGUCGUUGCAGCGGUUGGGCCGCUCAUGUGAUGGAACAGCGGGGGGAUAAUAAGCUGAUUCGGCCUCUGGCGGAAUACACGGGGGUAGAGGCGCGAGAUUAUGUGCCGAUGAAAGAAAGGGGCUGA